UUAUAGGCAUGUGAAGCAAGGGUGUGCCGAAAGUGAUUUUAAAAAAGACGAAAGGCGAAGCCCUCCCCCUCCCCCUUCCCCCUGCUGUCAAGCCAGUCAUGGAUAAGAAUUUGGCGGUUAGUGGUACCCGAAGAUUUUCCAUAAGCCACCAAGUACUAGUCAAAGUCUCCUAAUCAAAGUCCCUCUAAAAAACCAUUUCCCCCUCCCCUCCCUCAAUUACCUUUAAAUUAAUUAAAUUCCUAUUUUGACCUAUAGGCCUGUAAAGCCAGUCAGCCAGUCAUGGGUAAGAGGUUGGCAGUUCAGUUUUUUUCAGGUUCAAGAGGUUCCGGGUUCUCGAAGAUUUUCCAUAAGCCACGAAGAACUGGUCACAGUCUCCUAAUCAAAGUCCCUCUAAAAACCAUUUCCCUCCCCUUCCCCCUCCCUUCCCUCCCUCAAUUUCCCCUCCUCCCCUUCCUCCCUCAAUUACCUACCUAGCCACGACAUUCAUAAACCACUCCUUUUUAAGUUUUUCAGCUUUAAUUUUUUGUUCUCCACUUAAAAUAACAGGAGAACCAUUUUCUCCAAUUCCAGUCCUUUUUAUAUUUUUUGAAGGAAUUUUGUGUUGUUGGGAAUGACCAAAAAAGGAUAAUUCUGAAAUUUGUUCUUCUGUUAUGUUGAAAUUUAAAUUGAGAAAUUCUGCUGGAAUUGCGUGC